CCAAACCCGAAUUUGCUAAACAACGACGAUGAAGAUUCUCCUUAUUAAUGAGUCUUGCAAUCUUGCCGUUGUUGCGUCCCGACUCCUGAGCACUAGAAAGCCGAAGUGAAAAACUGAGAAAGAUUUUCCUGUGAACCCUAGAAAAGGAUCAGAAAAAAAUGGCAGACUCAAGCUCGUCUGGACCAGAUCGUGGCCAGCCUUCUUCGUCAUCGGAUACGAAAAGCAGUAAGAGGGAUUUUUCUACUGCAAUUUUGGAACGCAAAAAAUCUCCUAACCGCCUUAUUGUUGAUGAGGCUGUCAAUGAUGAUAAUUCUGUGGUUUCAAUGAACCCUGCUACAAUGGAAAAGCUUCAGUUUUUUCGGGGAGACACAGUUCUAAUUAAGGGGAAGAAACGAAGGGACACAGUGUGUAUUGUUCUUGUUGAUGAACAAUGCGAAGAAGCAAAAAUUAGAAUGAACAAAGUUGUGCGUGCUAAUCUCAGGGUACGACUUGGGGAUGUUAUCUCUGUUCAUCAGUGUCCAGAUGUGAAGUAUGGGAAGCGUGUUCACAUCCUUCCUAUUGAUGACACAAUUGAGGGUGUGACUGGCAACCUAUUCGAUGCAUAUUUGAAGCCAUAUUUCUUGGAAUCAUAUAGACCUGUAAGGAAGGGUGACCUUUUCCUAGUAAGGGGGGGCAUGCGGAGUGUUGAAUUUAAAGUAAUUGAGACAGAUCCUGGUGAGUACUGUGUUGUUGCACCAGACACAGAGAUCUUCUGUGAAGGAGAACCUAUCAAACGCGAAGAUGAAGAGAGACUAAAUGAAGUUGGAUAUGAUGAUGUUGGUGGUGUCAGGAAGCAAAUGGCACAGAUACGGGAGCUGGUGGAGCUUCCUUUGAGGCAUCCACAACUGUUUAAAUCCAUUGGUGUAAAGCCCCCUAAAGGAAUAUUACUCUAUGGUCCACCAGGUUCUGGGAAGACCCUUAUUGCAAAGGCAGUUGCCAAUGAAACAGGUGCUUUCUUCUUCUUGAUAAAUGGGCCUGAAAUAAUGUCAAAGUUGGCAGGUGAAAGUGAAAGUAACUUGCGAAAGGCUUUUGAAGAAGCCGAAAAGAAUGCUCCUUCAAUCAUAUUUAUUGAUGAGAUUGAUUCCAUUGCCCCAAAGAGAGAAAAGACACAUGGUGAGGUGGAGAGGCGUAUAGUAUCCCAACUUCUGACUUUAAUGGAUGGUCUUAAGACAAGAGCUCAUGUGAUUGUCAUUGGAGCAACCAACAGGCCUAAUAGCAUUGACCCAGCUUUGAGGAGAUUUGGAAGAUUUGAUCGAGAGAUUGACAUUGGUGUGCCUGAUGAAAUUGGGAGGUUGGAAGUUCUUCGUAUUCAUACAAAGAAUAUGAAGCUUGCAGAAGAUGUUGAUCUUGAAAGAGUUGCAAAAGAUACCCAUGGUUAUGUCGGAGCAGAUCUUGCUGCUCUUUGCACUGAGGCUGCUCUCCAGUGUAUUAGGGAGAAAAUGGAUGUUAUUGACUUAGAAGAUGAGUCAAUUGAUGCUGAGGUUUUAAAUUCCAUGGCUGUGACAAAUGAACACUUCAAAACUGCACUGGGGUCUUCUAAUCCGUCAGCCUUGCGUGAAACGGUUGUGGAGGUGCCAAAUGUCUCAUGGGAUGAUAUCGGUGGGUUGGAUAAUGUCAAAAGAGAGCUACAGGAGACUGUCCAAUAUCCGGUGGAGCAUCCUGAAAAGUUUGAGAAGUUCGGUAUGUCUCCGUCCAAGGGUGUCCUCUUCUAUGGGCCUCCUGGAUGUGGUAAAACCUUACUUGCAAAGGCAAUAGCAAAUGAAUGUCAAGCAAAUUUCAUAAGUGUUAAAGGCCCUGAAUUACUGACUAUGUGGUUUGGAGAAAGUGAGGCUAAUGUUCGAGAGAUAUUCGACAAGGCGCGGCAGUCAGCUCCUUGUGUACUUUUCUUUGAUGAACUUGAUUCUAUUGCAACUCAGCGUGGUAAUUCAGUUGGAGAUGCUGGUGGGGCAGCAGACAGAGUUUUGAACCAACUUCUGACAGAAAUGGAUGGAAUGACUGCAAAGAAGACAGUUUUCAUCAUUGGGGCAACAAACAGGCCAGACAUUAUUGACCCAGCAUUGCUCAGGCCUGGUCGUCUAGACCAGUUGAUUUAUAUACCAUUGCCAGAUGAGGCUUCCCGUCUUCAAAUCUUCAAAGCAUGUUUGCGAAAAUCACCUGUCUCUCGAGAUGUUGACCUUUCAGCACUUGCAAGAUAUACACAUGGUUUCAGUGGUGCUGAUAUCACAGAAAUCUGCCAGCGUGCUUGCAAAUAUGCAAUCAGAGAGAAUAUUGAAAAGGAUAUUGAAAGAGAGAGAAAGAGGAGAGAGAACCCAGAAGCAAUGGAAGAAGAUGACACUGAUGAUGUCCAUGAGAUCAAAGCUGCACACUUUGAAGAAUCUAUGAAAUAUGCUCGCCGGAGUGUGAGUGAUGCUGACAUCAGAAAAUACCAACUCUUUGCUCAGACAUUACAACAGUUCCGUGGGUUUGGAUCAGAAUUCAGAUUUGCAGAUCGCCCUGAGAAUGCUGCGGGCGGAGGAGAUACAGAUCCAUUCUCUUCUGCGGCAGCUGCUGGAGAUGAUGAUGACUUGUAUAGUUGAAAAGUUGAUCCCAAUUACAAGUACUGUCAACAUGUGGGGAUCCACUGUUGUUUUUUUCUUUCUGUAGGGUUCAGAAUCUUUGCCCAGCUUUUUUUCUUUUUCUUUUUGGAAUCCUUAAUCCCAAAUAGCCUCUGCAAAAUGCCUACUUUCAUCGGCCACGUUUUGUAAUUUUGUUAGAUAAGCUUGUGUACUCAUCCACCCUGAUGCAACUUUCUUUUGCCUGAAAUGUUAAAUUCUGUAAUUUCAGUAAAGUCGUUGAAAUGAAUCCAUCGAUUUAUCUCC